AUGCGAAGAGACCAACAGGACGGCCCGGAUCAAGCAAACCACAGUUCUACGCACACUCUGGUGUCGGCUGCGGGCUCGCCCCCCCAUCGCACCAUCGCAACCAUGUUCACGUUUUGCCCUCUCCAGGGCGCGCAAUCCGAGUCGCUGGCCUCACAGUCCCUGCUGGAGCUCGAUGGCGGCGUCAAGGUGCUCGUGGAUCUCGGAUGGGAUGAGUCCUUCGACGUGGCCAAGCUCGAGGAGCUGGAAAAACAAGUCCCGACCCUCUCCCUCAUCCUCCUGACGCACGCGACCGCCUCCCACAUCGCCGCGUACGUGCACUGCUGCAAGAAUAUACCCCUCUUCACGCGCAUCCCCGUCUACGCGACCCGGCCCGUCAUCGACCUCGGCCGGACCCUCACGCAGGACCUGUACUCAUCGACGCCCGCUGCGGCCACCACCGUACCUCCCGCCGCGCUGUCCGCGUCGGCCUAUGCCUACACGCAGGCCGCGACGACGACGCAGAACCUGCUGCUACAGUCCCCGACCCCCGACGACAUUGCGCGCUACUUUUCCCUCAUCCAGCCCCUCAAGUACUCGCAGCCGCACCAGCCGCUGCCCUCGCCCUUUUCGCCGCCGCUCAACGGCCUCACCAUCACCGCCUACAACGCGGGCCAUACGCUCGGUGGCACCAUCUGGCACAUCCAGCACGGCCUUGAGUCCAUCGUCUACGCCGUCGACUGGAACCAGGCCAGGGAAAACGUCUUUGCCGGCGCGGCCUGGCUCGGCGGCGCGGGUGGCGGCGGCGCCCAGGUCAUUGAGCAGUUGCGCAAGCCGACCGCGCUCAUCUGCAGCAGUCGCGGUGCGGAGAGGAAUGCACAGGCGGGCGGCCGCGCCAAACGCGAUGAGCAGCUGCUCGAGACGAUCAAGGCGGCCGUGGCCAGGGGCGGCACCGUGCUGAUUCCGGUAGACUCGAGCGCGCGGGUGCUGGAGCUUGCGUACUUGCUGGAGCACGCGUGGCGGACGGAUUCGGCGUCGGCGGCUGGCGUGUUCAAGGCGGCCAAGCUCUACUUGGCUGGCCGCAACAUGGCGAGUACCAUGCGCUACGCACGAAGUAUGCUCGAGUGGAUGGACGACGGCAUUGUACAAGAAUUCGAGGCCUUUGCAGAGGGCCAGAAAAGAACCAACGGAGCUAGUGACAAAAAAGUAGGCGGCCCGCUUGACUUUCGCUUCAUGCGCCUGUUGGAUCGCAAAGCACAGAUUGCGAAACUCCUGAGCACGGCUGUAAACAAUGGCGAAUCUAAAGGGCGCGUGAUUCUGGCGAGCGAUACCAGCAUGGACUGGGGAUUCUCCAAGGACUUGCUCAGAGGGUUGGCGUCUGACCCGAAUAAUGUUGUCAUCCUUACAGAUAAGCCUGGUAUGGCGCAAGAAAGCAGCCCGUCUAUUGCAAGAACGCUAUGGAGUCUGUGGAAAGAGCGCAAGGAUGGUGUUGCUACACUGCAAACAGCCAACGGCGACACGAUCGAAUACGUAAAUACAAGUGGCUACGACCUGGAGAUUCGGGAUGCCAAACGUGAACCGCUGCAAGGGGAAGAACUUGCCGUAUACCAACAAUGGCUCGCCACACAACGACAGCUCCAAGCUACGCAGCAAACAGUCGGUGCAGACGGGAUAGAGGCGUCUGCAGACGUGGUCGACGAUGUGUCUUCCGAUUCCUCGUCAGAUUCGGAAGACGAGGACGGCCAGCAACAAGGCAAGGCGCUAAAUGUGUCGGCUGCUCUUGGCCAAGUCGGCCGUAAGAACGUGGUUCUCAAAGACGAGGACCUCGGCAUCAGUAUUUUAAUCAAGAAGAAGGGCGUCUACGAUUUCGACUCGCGAGGCAAGCGCGGUCGUGAGCGAUCGUUCCCCGUCACUGUGCGCAGGAAGAGAAACGACGACUUUGGCGAAAUGAUUCGGCCCGAAGACUAUCUUCGUGCGGAAGAAAAGGAGGAGGAUACCGUUGACGACCCCAAUACCGCCGCCGACGACGAAAACUUGGGCAAGAAACGCAAGUGGGACGACGUGCAGGGCACUAGCGGCAACAAAAAACCGCAGCUCGGCAGAGGCACUGCCGCCGGUGGCGCCUUUGCAGGCGACGGCGGCGAAGACGGCAAUAUGACCGGCAUGCAGGACGGUUUCGAACCCGACGAGCUGGACGCCGCCGAGGACGUCGACGUCGACGAGCCCGACGGCCCCUGCAAGCUCAUCCACACAACGGAAACAAUCGCCAUCCACCUCCGCAUUGCCUACGUCGACUUUGCCGGCCUGCACGACAAGCGCAGUCUCAACAUGCUGAUCCCGCUCAUCCAGCCGCGCAAGCUCAUCCUGAUCGCCGGUACGCGCGAGGAGACGUUGGCCCUGGCACAGGACUGCCGCGCCAUGCUCGGCGCCGACUCUGGCGGGAGCGGGGCUGGUGGUGAGAAGGGCGGUGCCGAUAUAUACACGCCCGAAGUAGGCGUCGUCGUAGACGCUAGUGUUGAUACAAGCGCUUGGGUCGUUAAGCUAGCCGACACGCUCGUCAAGAAGCUAAAGUGGCAAAAUGUGCGUGGCCUAGGCAUCGUCACCGUCUCUGGCCAGCUCUUUGCCGCUGCCGCCGCCGCCGUUGGCGCCAUCGCCGGCGCCGCCGCCGACGAAGACGCGGACGCCGCCAACAAACGGCAAAAGACGAGCGACUCCUCCCUGGCGCUAACAACAACAACAUCAUCAACACCGACGACGACGACACUAAUCCACACAACGGCGACGACGCCUAGCUUACCAACACUCGACGUGGUGACGGCCAGCUUAGCGGCCGUUGCCGCGCGCACGGCCGCGCAGCCGCUGCACGUGGGCGACCUCCGGCUCGCGGACCUCCGGCGCGCGAUGCAGGCGGCCGGGCACGCGGCCGAGUUUCGCGGCGAGGGCAUGCUCGUUGUCGACGGCGCCGUCGUCGUGCGCAAAACGGCCGAGGGCCAGGUCGAGGUGGAAAGCGUCGGUCUGCCGGCGGCAGGGCGGCGCAGCGCGCUGCACGAGGUCAAGAGGGCGAUUUACGACAACUUGGCUGUGGUGGCGGGGGCGUAG